UUGGGCCUCUCACUGCUUUCCCCUCUUUACAUUUCCAUUUCUCCCUCUUUACCAUUUCGAUUUCUCUUUGUUUCGGCGGCGGAGGCGCUCCUCCUUCUCCUUCUUCGUCGACGAAAGCAACUGAUCGUGCCCUAAUCGGAUCCUUCAAAGAGAUUAACAGGAAAUGGCAGAUGCUGAGGAUAUCCAACCUCUUGUUUGUGACAAUGGAACCGGAAUGGUCAAGGCUGGAUUUGCUGGUGACGAUGCACCAAGGGCAGUAUUUCCCAGUAUUGUGGGCCGGCCCCGCCACACUGGCGUGAUGGUCGGCAUGGGCCAAAAGGAUGCUUAUGUAGGUGAUGAAGCCCAAUCCAAGAGAGGUAUCCUCACUCUUAAAUAUCCCAUUGAACAUGGGAUUGUUAGCAACUGGGAUGAUAUGGAAAAGAUCUGGCACCACACUUUCUACAAUGAGCUACGUGUCGCUCCUGAGGAACAUCCUGUGCUUCUCACUGAAGCCCCUCUAAACCCUAAGGCGAACAGAGAAAAAAUGACUCAAAUCAUGUUUGAGACUUUCAAUGUCCCUGCCAUGUAUGUGGCAAUCCAGGCAGUCCUUUCCCUCUACGCCAGUGGUCGUACAACUGGUAUUGUUCUUGACUCCGGUGAUGGUGUGAGCCACACCGUCCCUAUCUACGAAGGAUAUGCCCUACCUCAUGCCAUCCUUCGUUUGGAUCUCGCUGGCCGCGACCUCACUGAUGCCCUAAUGAAGAUCCUCACUGAGAGGGGCUAUUCCUUCACAACAACUGCCGAACGCGAAAUUGUGAGGGACAUUAAGGAAAAACUCGCAUAUGUUGCCCUUGACUUUGAACAGGAGCUCGAAACCGCCAAGACCAGUUCUGCUGUUGAGAAAAGCUACGAGCUGCCCGAUGGGCAGGUGAUCACCAUAGGAGCCGAGAGGUUCAGGUGCCCAGAAGUGCUUUUCCAGCCGUCGUUGAUCGGCAUGGAAGCAGCUGGAAUUCAUGAGACGACGUAUAACUCUAUCAUGAAGUGCGACGUGGAUAUCAGGAAGGACUUAUAUGGGAAUAUUGUACUCAGUGGCGGGUCAACAAUGUUCCCAGGUAUUGCUGAUAGGAUGAGCAAGGAGAUAACAGCUCUUGCCCCGAGCAGCAUGAAGAUUAAGGUGGUUGCUCCGCCCGAGAGGAAGUACAGUGUUUGGAUUGGCGGCUCCAUCCUCGCCUCCCUCAGCACUUUCCAGCAGAUGUGGAUUUCUAAGGGAGAAUAUGAUGAAUCUGGCCCAUCGAUCGUCCACAGGAAAUGUUUCUGAGCUCCCCAGUUCUAUGGGCGUGCAUUAUAAUUGCCUUCCAUCCUUUCAUGUGGUGUUCUUCUUUGUCCCGUGUAUAAUCUCAUUUUCUUUACAUCGUUGGUUUGCUAGAAAGAGUUUGUAGUUGGGAUUUGUGUGUGCUCUAUGGUUGCUUUGAUUGCGUCACUUCAUAUAGUCGUCGUCGAACAGGUAGCUGGUAUGUCCAAAUUCUUGCACUCUUUUAAUUUUAAUAUCGUUGCAUUCGGGCUAGUUGAAGCCCUGGUGAUGUUUUCUUCUA